CUUUGAAAGUGUCGAGUCUGAGUUCAGUCCAGAAGAGACCAUGUCUGCCGCCAUAGGCAAACUGUACUCAUCUCUGCUCUCAUUUAAAACUAAUUCUCCAUGAAAUAACGGUAACGUGGGGCCUGAAGGAUGGCCAGCUCGGGUGCUGUUCAGGUGAAACUAGAACUUGGUCACCGUGCCCAGGUCAGAAAGAAACCCACUGUAGAAGGUUUUACCCACGACUGGAUGGUGUUCGUCCGAGGACCGGAGCACAGCAACAUUCAGCACUUCGUGGAAAAGGUUGUUUUUCACCUGCACGAAAGCUUCCCUAGACCAAAAAGAGUGUGCAAGGAUCCACCCUACAAAGUGGAAGAGUCUGGAUACGCAGGCUUCAUCUUGCCUAUUGAAGUUUACUUCAGAAAUAAGGAAGAACCCAAGAAAGUUCGCUUCGACUACGACCUGUUCCUCCACCUGGAGGGCCACCCGCCUGUCAAUCAUCUGCGCUGCGAGAAGCUCACCUUCAACAACCCGACGGAGGAGUUUCGUAGGAAGCUGCUGAAAGCCGGAGGGCAACGGGAUCCUCACAAAAGAAGUUCAGAAGACUCAAAAGUGAUGGUAAUGCAGGAGGGCUCUACCUCCCUGUUCGGCCAGCACCUGAAGCUGCCUACGCUCCCCAACAGCUCACUGCCAUCCACCCUCUCCGACCCAAAGAAGAGCAAGAGCUUCCACGGGUCAAAGGAUGGCUCCAAAGGAAGCAGUACCACUCUUCUCACCAGCCCCACAACCACCAGCACCAACAGCAGCAGCUUCUCCAAGCUCCACAAACCCUCCAAGGACCACAAAGAGAAGCCUCCAAAAGACUUGAAAGAGCCCAAAAGUGCCUUCAGAGACUGUGGCUGGGAACCCAGCAAAGCCCCCAAAGAACCCUCCAGGAAACCCAAAGAGAACCAGCCACUUCGUGAUGUAAAUCCUAAGAUGGGCUUCAAAGAGCCCAAGUCCUUGUCCAAGGAGCACCGAACUGAGGGGAUCUCCCACGGGACAGGGCUCAACAAGCGCCCCUCUGCCCCUGACAGUGAUGAUCAUGUGACCAAAAAACGUAAAAAGGGAUAUGUGGAUUUAUCGGGGAAGCAGACAUCUGGGUCAGAUGCCCAGCAUUCGGAUAAGAAACUGUUGAAAGAUAGAUCGCAGAUGCGGCCAGGCAAAUUGCGGCCAGAGGGCGAAGAGGCCGAGCGCAGAAAAGUGUCGACGCUCCCUCCGUUUCAGGAGCUGGUGGACAACGAUUCUGACGUGGAGGAGAUGUCCACCAAAUCAGAUUCAGAACAGCCCAGUCCAGCCAGUUCCAGCUCCAGUUCAGGCUUCGCCCCCACUCAUCACAAACGACAAGUGGUGGACUUCGUCAUCAGGAAAAGGGUGGCCAUCCCUGCCCCCACCCACACAGUACUGGGUCCACUGCAGUCGAUAAUUCAGGAUUUGCACUCAGACGACAACGACGAGGAUUCAGAGGAUGAUGAGGACAAUGACAUGGACUCAGACGUAGAACGCCCAGCGCACACACAUCUAACACACCACCAACGGAGAGUCAGUUUGAGUGACGGCAGCGAAAGUGAGAACAGCUCCUCCCCCUCGCCGCCCUCCCGCAAUGAUGCCCCGCCCCUCAUAAAGACUAGUAAUAACCAGAUAUUGGAAGUGAAAAGCCCCACCAAGCAGACCAAGCAGGACAAGAACAAAAAUCUAGAUUGUGACAAGGCUUACCUGGAUGAGCUGGUGGAGCUGCACAGAAGACUGAUGACACUAAGAGAGGGUCAUAUACUACAACAGAUUGUGAACCUGAUUGAAGAGACGGGACACUUCCACAUCACAAACACUACUUUUGAUUUUGAUCUUUGCUCCUUGGACAGAAGCACAGUGAGGAAACUCCAGAGUUACCUGGAAACCUCGGGACUGUCCUGAGGCACUGAGCAGCUGGCUGCUGUGGAAGAGGACACCACAUCAAAUUUUUUUCGUUGUUGUUUUUAACCAACCCUUUGUUUUUGUUUUUACUUGAAAUUUUGCUGCGAUGCAAAAGCCCCGCUGUGGCUUGGUGCAGUUGCUGUCUGUCCAGCCUGCUGGUUGGACUGGGCGUCCACCACAGAGACCAGAGCCAAGUGUUGUGGUGAUGAGCCCUGUCGACCAGGCCGUCACCCAGAAAGCCUUGAAAACUUCAGCUGAUUCUAUAAAAAAAAAAAAAAGAAAGAAAGAAAAGAAAAAAAAUUAUAAAAAAAAAAAAAAAAGUUAUUAAAAAAAAAAAGAGGGAAAGUGGCGACCGUGUUGCUCUUAAUGAAUGUGCAUAUUGUUACCAUGUAUGUUUCUUGGAUUUGUUGUUCAUUGUGACAAAUGCAUGGUCAACACUGCCUUACGACAUUGUCUUAUUUAUUGAAUUUGAUUUGCAGGUGUGUGUGUGUGUGUGUGUGCGCGCGUAUGUGAAAUGGCAAAAAACAAAAAACAAAAAAAACAGCAGAAUGAGACUUUGUGUAAGCACUUCACAACAGGCAUAUCUUUGAAUCAGUGAAGACAGUUGAGCAGACCUGAGACACCGACUUCUGUCCAAGAUGACUUGAAUCGCAAUCAAAUGUCGUGCCCAAUAAAUCAUCUUCUGUGGGAAUAAGAAACUUCCAGAACAGGUGAUAACAUCAUUUUGCAGUCUGGUAACAUGCACAUCUUUACCCCAAUAUGAGGCUGAAAGGCAAAAUUCAUGUGUGCAACUCAAAGUUGUGAUGUAUUUUGUACUUGCAGUCAACUGUUUAUAAAAAUGUGCAUCACAUUUUUGCAAAAAAAAAAAAAAAAAAAAUUCCCUGGUCAUGUGCUGUAAUUAUUUUGAGUAUUGAACAUGUC